GUUUUGAGGAGCUACGCUGAGAUUGCUUUAAACCUCCUCCUUUUUUUUUCAUGGAUUUGAUCUCUUCCUGCGGUGGGACCAUGACUCCCGUGGAUCUGGAUGGCGUGGUGGAGGACCGGGUCUCCAUUGCCUCAAACGUCACCGUGAGCCUGUCACCUGGAAUCCCACUUGCAACGAGAACGCUCAUUCUGCUUGUUUGUCUGCUGGUGGUGGCCUGGAGCCACACGGAGAAAAACGCCGUGCCAGGCCCUUCGUUCUGCCUGGGUCUGGGUCCACUCUUGUCUUAUUUGAGGUUUAUCUGGACCGGCAUCGGCACAGCAAGCAACUACUACAACAAGAAGUACGGGGACAUUGUCAGAGUGUGGAUCAAUGGAGAGGAGACGCUCAUACUCAGCAGGGCCUCGGCGGUUAAUCACGUUCUGAAGAAUGGAAACUACACCUCCCGUUUCGGUAGCAAAAAGGGACUCAGCUGCCUCGGCAUGAACGAGAGAGGCAUCAUCUUCAACAACAACGUGGCGCUGUGGAAAAAGAUACGCACCUAUUUCGCCAAAGCCCUGACAGGUCCCAGCCUGCAGCAGACGGUGGAGGUUUGCGUCUCGUCCACGCAGACCCACCUGGACAACCUGGACAGCCUGGCCCAGGUGGACGUCCUCAGUUUGCUGCGCUGCACCGUGGUGGACAUCUCCAACAGGCUCUUCCUGGACGUGCCCCUCGACGAGAAAGAGCUGCUGCUGAAGAUUCACAGAUAUUUCGACACGUGGCAGACUGUGCUGAUCAAACCCGACAUCUACUUCAAGCUAAGCUGGAUCCACCAAAGACACAAGACGGCAGCCCAGGAGCUACGGGAUGCCAUAGAGGGCCUCGUGGAGCAAAAGAGGAGGCAAAUGGAGCAGGCAGAUAAGCUGGACAUCAACUUCACUGCAGACCUCAUAUUUGCACAAAACCACGGCGAGCUGUCGGCGGAGAACGUGACGCAAUGCGUGCUGGAGAUGGUGAUCGCGGCGCCGGACACUUUGUCCAUCAGCCUCUUCUUCAUGCUGCUGCUCCUCAAACAGAACCCCCACGUGGAGCUGCAGCUGUUGCAGGAGAUAGACAAGGUCAUAGGUGACAGAGAGCUGCAGAACGGGGACCUUCAGAAGCUGCAGGUUCUGGAGAGUUUCAUCAACGAGUGCCUGCGCUUCCACCCAGUGGUGGACUUCACCAUGCGACGCGCCCUGUCAGACGAUGUCAUAGACGGCUACAGGGUCCCGAAGGGCACAAAUAUCAUCCUGAACACUGGCCGUAUGCACCGGACAGAGUUCUUCCACAAGGCCGACGAAUUUAGUCUGGAGAACUUCCAGAAAAAUACUCCUCGUCGUUACUUCCAGCCAUUCGGCUCAGGCCCUCGCGCCUGCGUCGGCAAGCACAUCGCCAUGGUGAUGAUGAAAUCCAUCCUGGCGACGCUGCUCUCUCAGUACUCCGUCUGCCCCCACGAGGGCUUGACCCUGGACUGCCUCCCACAGACCAACAACCUUUCCCAGCAGCCCGUGGAGCAUCACGAGGAGGCCCAGCAGCUCAGCAUGAGAUUCUUACCCAGACAGAGAGGAAGCUGGCAAACACCUUAAAUGCACCAUGACUUUACAAUUAAUGUUAUAUAAAUAUGCUCUCCAUCACUAAGGU